AUGUAUCCGGGCCAACCACUACUACCCUACUCCUACCCUCCGUCGACCGCCAGCACAGGGUCGGUCCCGGCUGGAUACAUCUCCCCCCCGGAUUCACGGCGCGCAUUGGAAGAGGAAAGAGAGAAACAACCCCAGAGACAGUCUCUCCCGUCAAUCCACGAGGCUCUCGGCAAUGACAAUCCCUUACCGUACCCUGCUCCCACUUCCGCACCUCCCCAACAAUCGCCUCAUGCACCACCACAUUCCGUUUCCUCUAACCUCAUGGGACGUUCUACUGGGGAAGGACCGGCUGGACCCCCAAAUCCCUUUCUAAAUGGAACGCCUCCCGGACCUUUUGCACGAGAAUCUGCGUAUUCGCAUCAACCUCAGCUACAGGCGGAAGCAUCACGGACCAGCUUGGUGACCGUGAACACCCAGGAUUCGAGAAAUGCCUCGCUUCAAUCGCUCAGCUCGGGCAAAUCCCCUACGCAAAGCUCGAAAACCGGAUUUACGUCAAUCUCGGGAUCACAAGCGGGAUCCGGAUAUGAAUACAGUGCGCCGCCUUCCGCAGGAGGUGGUAUUGCUUCCCCAAAUGGAUACGGCCCUUUCUCCCAGUCCUUCUCGUUUCAAUCGCAACCCCCUUCGAAUGCGCCGGCUUAUCCCUCAUACGAUGCUCGACCUUAUGGCAGCUCGCCUUGGAAGCCGGGAAUGCCAGAGACUGCGCGUGUUGAAGAAAUGAAGGGUGGGUAUGCGGGUCAUCCGAUGGCGGGACAGCCCCAUCCGGAUUCUGUCAAACGGCACUCCGAGGUCUACGAUGUGGAGCAGUCCCUAAAUGAGAUUGCCGACAUGAGCUCCCGCACUCUGGAUUUUUCGCGGCACUAUGCCCAAAGAGCGCACCAGACCCAGCGUUCUGGACCAGUCUUAGGGUCUCUGCCCUCUCUACACGAGGUGGACGAUAUGCUUAGUCUCCAACGCCGGAAUCAGGAGGCUCUAUUGCGUAUACGAACCACCGUUCUGAACCAGGAACAUGCCUUGGCAGAGCAAAUGGCCCAAAGAAAAGCCUACAAGCAUGGUGGGGUUCGCGAAGAUGAUCACAUGGCAAUGUACCAGGAAGACUUCAAGGGCAGUGGUGGGUUUGCCGGACCAGAUUCCAAGAAGCGACGAGGGAAAGCGGCUCCCCCUGGCCGUUGCCACAGCUGUAACCGAGCCGAAACGCCGGAAUGGCGCCGUGGUCCAGACGGUGCCCGGACUUUGUGCAAUGCCUGCGGUUUGCAUUACGCCAAGUUGACGCGCAAGAUGGGCGCCAAACAGGCAUCGUCCUUGGGAUCGAACCUCAAACCCAAGUCCCUUGACUCCGCAUCUCCGAGCAGCCAUUAA